GUUGAAGGCAAAAGGGAGAAGAGAACACCACAACCUCGGCCGCAAGGAAGGAGACAGGAAGGCAUCAGCUGCGGCGGCGAAGAUGGUGAAGGCGCGGAUGACGACGGCGGACGUGGCGGCGGAGGUCAAGUGCCUCCGCCGCCUCAUCGGCAUGCGCCUCUCCAACGUCUACGACAUCACCCCCAAGACUUAUCUUUUCAAGCUGAUGAACAGCAGUGGAAUCACCGAGUCAGGGGAGAGUGAGAAGGUUUUGUUGCUGAUGGAAAGUGGUGUCAGGCUGCACACCACUCAAUAUGUUCGUGAUAAGAGCACCACACCUUCUGGGUUCACUCUCAAGCUGCGGAAACAUGUUCGUGGCAAGAGGCUUGAAGAUGUUCGUAUGCUGGGAUAUGAUAGGAUGAUCCUCUUUCAAUUUGGACUUGGCAGUAAUGCACAUUUUAUAAUUCUUGAGCUGUAUGCACAAGGAAAUAUCAUUCUCACAGAUUCGGAAUACACAGUGAUGACACUACUACGUUCUCACAGAGAUGACAACAAAGGAUUGGCUAUCAUGUCACGGCAUCGCUAUCCAGUAGAAGCCUGCCGUACCUUUGAAAGGACUGACUUUACAAAGUUAAAAGACACACUGAAGCUGUCUAAUACAGUCGAUGAUAAAGAAUCUUCCCAAGUUACACCUAGUUCAGCUGAUGCUCAGCAGCCUUCUGAAUCCGCCAAUGAUGGAGUGCCUGCUACCGAUAAAUUGGAAGAGCCAGCUAAUAGAACAGGAAAGAAGUCUGCUGCAAAAAUUAAGCAGUCAGGUUCAGAUGCUAAAGCGAGUAAUGGCACUCAAUCAAAUAGAGCUACUCUGAAGACACUUAUUGGGGAGGCAUUGCCUUAUGGCCCAGCACUAGCGGAGCAUAUCAUAUUAGAUGCUGGGUUGCUUCCAAGUACAAAGAUUGGGAAAGAUCCAGAGACCAGUCUUGAUGAUCAUACUAUUCAGUCUCUAGUAGAAUCUGUUACAAGGUUUGAGGACUGGCUUGUAAAUAUCAUUUCUGGCCAAAGGAUCCCCGAGGGGUACAUACUCAUGCAGAAUAAGAUGACCGCAAAGAAGAAUGUCACAUCAUCAGAAGGGUCUUCUAUUAACCAGAAGGUAUAUGAUGAAUAUUGCCCUAUCCUGCUGACACAAUGUAAGUCAAGGGAAUAUGAUGAAUUUGAGACAUUUGAUGAUGCACUAGAUGAGUUCUACAGCAAAAUAGAAAGUCAAAGGGUGAAUCAACAGCAUAAAGCAAAAGAGGAUUCAGCAGUCCAUAGGCUCAACAAAAUAAAGUUGGAUCAGGAGAAUCGUGUACAUACAUUGAGAAAGGAAGCAGACCAUUGCAUCACUAUGGCAGAACUAAUCGAGUACAAUUUGGAGGAUGUGGAUGCAGCAAUGAAAGCUGUUCGUGUUUCCCUUGCAAAUGGAAUGAGUUGGGAAGCUCUUUCUCGCAUGAUUAAAGAGGAGAAAAAGGCUGGAAACCCAGUAGCUGGUCUAAUUGAUAAGCUCAGUUUUGAAAAAAAUUGCAUUACUCUACUUCUUAGCAAUAAUCUUGAUGACAUGGAUGAGGAAGAGAAAACUGCGCCUGUUGAGAAGGUUGAGGUUGAUUUAUCACUUUCUGCUCAUGCAAAUGCUAGACGGUGGUAUGAAAUGAAGAAAAAACAGGAAACCAAACAAGAGAAAACUAUCGAUGCACACGAGAAAGCUUUCAAAGCAGCCGAGAAGAAGACACGUCUUCAGCUUGCACAGGAAAAAACUGUGGCUGCAAUCACUCAUAUGAGGAAAGUUCACUGGUUUGAGAAAUUCAAUUGGUUUAUCAGCAGUGAAAACUAUCUGAUUGUCAGUGGCCGAGAUGCUCAACAAAAUGAGUUGGUCGUCAAGCGGUACAUGUCUAAAGGAGAUUUGUAUGUGCAUGCGGAGUUACAUGGAGCUUCCAGUACAAUAAUCAAGAACCACAAACCUGACAGUCCAAUACCACCCUUGACAUUGAACCAAGCAGGAUGUUUCACAGUUUGCCACAGCAAAGCAUGGGAUUCAAAAAUUGUUACAAGUGCUUGGUGGGUGUAUCCUCAUCAAGUUAGCAAAACUGCUCCCACUGGCGAGUACCUCACUGUUGGUAGUUUUAUGAUCCGUGGCAAGAAAAAUUUCCUUCCACCUCACCCCCUUAUUAUGGGCUUUGGUAUUCUCUUCCGUUUGGAUGAGAGUUGCUUGGCAUCUCAUCUAAAUGAAAGGAGGAUUAGGGGUGAAGAUGAGGCCCUUCCAGAAACCGAAGCAGAGCCUCGUCUAAAUGAAAGGAGGAUUAGGGGCGAAGAUGAGGCCCUUCCAGAAACCGAAGCAGAGCUUCAAAAGCAGCAAAGUAAUCCUGAACCGGAUGACAAACUUGCUACUGGCAGUGAGACGAGCAAAGGAGCUCAUGAUAAUGAAUCAAGGAGGGAUCAUACUGCUGUUCACCAGAAUGAUGAUACCAACCAUUCUAAUCUGCCUACUAAUGUGGAUACUGCCAACAAAUCUCAACAAGUUGCUGAAACGAAAACUGUGGAAAACAGUGGAACCGAUGCUUCCGUUUCAUCUCGACUGGAGGAUCUGCUUGAUAAGAGUCUUGGUCUGGGCCCUGCCAAGGGGUCUAGUAAAAGCCCUUUGCUCAUCAGCACUCUUUCAAGUUUAGGAGGAGACACUGAUGAUCUUGAUGUGAAGAAAUCAAUGGUAAGAGAGAAACCAUAUGUAUCAAAAGCAGAGAGAAGAAAACUGAAGAAGGGUGAGAAUGCCUGUGAAUCUACUAGUGAUCCUCAAAAAGUUGUCAAAAAGCCAGAUAACCCACAGCAAGAGAAGGGCAAGGAUAAUACAAAGGCUGCUAAUCCUAAAACAACUCGUGGACAGAAGGGCAAGCUUAAGAAGAUUAAAGAGAAGUAUGCAGAGCAGGAUGAAGAGGAAAGAGAAAUUCGUAUGGCUUUGCUUGCGUCUUCUGGAAAGGCUUCACAAAAAGACAAUCCUUCACAGGAUGGAGAAGAUACCACUGCAAAACAACCAAAACCAUCAACUGGCGAAGACAUCUCUUUAAAAGUUUGUUAUAAAUGCAAAAAAUCUGGACAUCUAUCUCGUGAUUGCCCUGAAAGUACAUCGGCUGUGGACCUGACCGAUGUCAACGGUGGUAGAGGCAGAGAUGGUAUGGAUAGAAGUGCUACUCCUGUUGAUGGCAGCAUUGCCAUGGAUGAAGAUGACAUCCAUGAACUUGGUGAUGAAGAGAAAGAGAAGUUGAUUGAUCUGGACUACUUAACUGGAAUUCCAGUGGCAAGUGACAUUUUGCUAUACGCAGUACCUGUAUGUGCACCUUAUAACGCGUUGCAGACUUACAAAUAUCGCGUAAAGAUCACCCCGGGCACUGCAAAGAAAGGAAAAGCCGCCAAAACUGCUAUGAGCUUAUUCAUGCACAUUCCUGAUGCCACGAACCGUGAGAAGGAAUUAAUGAAGGCAUGCACUGAUCCUGAAUUGGUUGCUGCGAUUAUUGGAAAUGCCAAAAUCACUGCACCUGGCCUCACACAGCUGAAGCAGAAGCAAAAGCAAAAAGGGAAAAAGGCUGCAAAAAACAACUAGCUCAAGUUUUGUUCCAAUGCGUUCUGCUGAAAGCAUGUAAGUCCUGUGGUAUGAUCCGUCUGCAGUGUGCAGAAAGCAUGUAAAUCCCGUGAUGUGACCGAGGCAUACCUCGAGGCAGCAAAUACACUUUAGUGCAUGUAAGUUAUUUUACACCUCUGGCAUUUGAGAGGCCAGGGGCCAAUUCAACAGAGACGACGGCUUAAAAUAGCAAAUAUACACUUUGUGGUGU